AUGUCAUCCAACCCUAACGAGCUUGGCCGCAUCAACAAAGACGUCCUUAUUCCUGUAGUCCGAAUCGGAGCUGGAGUCGGGGGAUUUCAGAGUUGGGACGAUGAUGAUGUGAAUGAUCGCUUCUCUCUGCAGCUGAGGAGGAGUCGAUUUCAUCCUAAGGUGAGACUCCAGUUCCAAGUUCCUGAGGUGGACGAAAAGUUCAAGGAACUCCUUGAUAAAGAUUUAGAUAUCACGUUGGCUGGGGUUCAUAAGGAGAAGAAAUUGUCUUUCAUCAAAGCAUGGGAGGAAAAUAAAAAGUCAAAGAUUGUGAUUGAUUCAGAAGACUUAAAAGUUAACUAUUCCUAUAAAAUGUAUAAUAAGGAGCUUUUUCCAAAAACAAGCUCUCAGCAUCUCCUGAAGCUCGUAAGCACUGCAAUUACAGGAAGAUGUUCGAUUAGGAGUAACAGUAGAUUCACAUGGGUGAAAGUUGCAGAUACAAUUGACAAAAUGCAGAUUAAAUUCAUGGAUAACCUUUUACAAAAUGGAUUUGAGAUUGAUGUUGUUGAUAAGGAUGGUGCUACUCCACUUCAUUAUGCUAUUUAA